UUCUCUUUUUUUUUUUCUCUAUCAUUUUCAAUUCAUACCAUUAAAUUAAUAAAAAUUUGAUGUUGCCGGCAAUAUCUUGAAUUAGUUGAAGAUUUUCCUGUUGUUUUAUUUGGUAUAAAUUUAUCACAGUUACGAAGAUAGAAGACAAUUAUCAAAAUUUGGAAUGCUGGUGAUGUUACUCUGUAUAUAUGUUCAAGUUUUUACCUUGGAAAAGACUUUGAAACAGAGGAGGGAAUCUGCUGGUCCAGUUGGGGCUGGCUUUGUUGAUUUAAAAACGGCUCUAAGGAAAGAAACUUGUGCAAAAAUUACAAGGGGCAAGCAAUGUAUGCAGGCUUUUCCUAAAUUCUUGAUUGCAUCCCCUUCAUUUCAUGGUGGUCGUGGUGCCCUACCUUCAUCCGGUGGGCAUCCCGCUGAUCUUACUUUCCUCGCUGGUGGUGGCUGCUGAUUCAACCAUCUGCAAAGUUGUGAGUGGAGCUACAGUAUUUUAUUGUUGUUGUAGAAUACUUUUUGUAAGGAUGGUUACAGUGAAAUGGCUUGAAGAUAACUGCUUUCUGGUGAAGAAUGAAAAGUCUGAGCAGCUAAAACAUUCUCACUUCUUUCUUCAAGGUAUGAACUUCCCUAUUUACUGCUGUGGUAGCCAAUCUCUUGAGGAAGACACUUCGUUUGAAGGUCUUUCAUGCAUCGCUGAGGAAGAACAAAGUAUGUUGGAUGCUUUUCUGCUAUCUCAGUGGGAAGACCGGAUGUGGAAAGGUUGUUUUAGAUAUGAUGUGACAACCUCAGAAAUUAAGGUCAUAGCUGGAAAGAUGAAGUUUUUCUCUCAGUUGAAUGAAGCACAGAUAACAGAUCAUCUUGCAAAAUCUGAGGGCACACUCCCUGCAUGGGAUCAUUUUGUGUUUGAUGGCAUGAAACACCCAGAGGAAUUGCUGUUUUGUCUUGCCGGCAGUAAGAAGGCAAAAUCUGAGCUUAUUCAUGUGGCUUCUGUGCCUGAUAGUGCCAUCUUAGUCAUCAUCAAUGUAACUCCAGUUGAAUAUGGCCAUGUCUACUUGGUACCUUGUACCUCAAACAGACGUUAUCAGCACCUGGAUGCAAGAACAGUUGAAAUGGUCACAAGGAUUGCUGCAGAAAUUAAUAACCACUCAUUUCGCGUGUUCUACAAUUGCUAUAGACCUAAUUGUUCUGAUGUAUAUUUUCAGGCUUGCUACUUCUCUGACCCUUUACCUGUGGAGUUCAGGCCUGUAGAUACUCUCUUAAGUGGUGGGAGGAGAGGGAUUCACAUAUGUUCUGUCAUCGAUUAUCCUAUUAAGACCAUCUCUUUCCAAACCACCCGUAAUCUCAAGAUAAUGGCAGUGGCUAUUUCUGAGAUUUGUUCUCAUUUAGAGGAAAAGAACGUUCAGUAUAAUCUGAUGAUAUCUGAUUCUGGCAAAAAGAUUUUUUUGUUUCUUCAGUUGAGUAGAAUAAUUCAUGUACAUACAUAUGCAUAGAUUUAUAUGUAUAUGUGUUUGUAUUUCUUGCUCCAGUAUGAAAGGGGACUGUGUAGUCAGUUUCAACCUUUCCAAGGCAGUUGUCCUUUAAAACUUUGGGUUAAUUAUGCAUUUGGUACUUGAAUUAUAGUCAAAUGUUUGAUUUGAUACUUAAAGUUUAAAAAUAGGCAAUUAGGCACUUGAACAUUGUCUCCAUAAACCAAAUUUCAAACGGAAGAUUGUUAAUUUUUGAGCAUAAGAGGGUAGUGCAGCAUCUGUAGCAUCGAUGCGGAUGUCAUUUUUGAAGAACAGCAGGACGAAAAAUGCAAAGCUAAUCUCACAGAUGAUAUAUAAUGGUUUCUAUGAUGCAUAUAAAUAAUCUGUAGUCACAAUGAAAUUCAUGGCCACAAACUUUAGUUGCAUUUCCCCCAUACUCUGUUUGUUCUAUGUUUUUGUCCAAAUUUCAAAACAUGUCACCCUAGAUUC